GGAGGCCCCGGCUCAGGGGGCCAUGAUGGCGGCCGCUGGAAAGGAGCAGGCGCUAUCCCGGAGAGGGAGCGGAGUCCCUUAUAAACAGCAGCUGGAGAUGCUGAUUGGAGACUGCACUGACAAUUUAAUUAAACGGAUAAUGAGACUCAUUCUACAAGACACCUAUGAGGCCCAGUCAGAACUACACACUAUCAUGUUAAAUUUGUUUGAGAAAAUCUGUAUUAAUGGAGCUGAUGACUGUCGCCCAGAAGCACAUGUUUUUUUGCAGCGCUUUGCUGAAAUUGCAUGGUCUGAGCUGGUGGAUGAAUGCUUUGCUGAAGGUAGCAUGAAGUUGAUUCACUCACAUUCUACAUUUUUUCAGGCUUUGGGCUUCUUACGUCGAAUAUCUUGUUACUUGCCCUGUGUCAGACGAAUGUGGGAUAAACGAUACAGAAUUGUUACAAAUAUUGGCAUCAUGCUUGUUUUUGAUGGUGAAAUUACCCAUUUACGCCAUUUUAUCUGGCAGGAGUGCUUGAAAAUACUGUACAAUUGCCUUGUCUUGUGCAAUGAGGAUGACAUAAAGUAUCUUUGCCAAUUGCAGAUCUUUAACUGCUUAGAAGUGGCUUGGAAAAUGUCUGAUCAAAGGUUGAACCUUGGGUUGCUUGUUAAAGCAUGGCUGGUCCUUGCAGAGCAUUAUCAUAUUCCAAUUUGUAAGCAAACCUGGGACAGGUCUUCCUUCCCACAGAUAAUUUGGUACUUGUCACAGGAAGAUGAAUAUGAAAUGGCAGGAGUGCACAUUGCUAAAAAAGCCAUGCUGGCGGUGGAGAAUCCUGAAGCAUACAAGAAAAACCCUUAUGUGCAUUAUAAACAGAAAACGAGGUACAUAUCCACAAUUUCUGACAUUGAAACCAAAUUGCCAGAAACAUUCCCAACUAUAUGCUCUUCCCCUGUUUGUAAUGAACUGGAGGAUUUGGACUGUCAUUUUCGCUCUUGCGAACGCUGUCGACUUGCAUAUUACUGCAGUAAAAUUUGUCAGAAGUACCAUUGGAAGCAUGGCCACAAAGAGGAAUGUGUUCCCCUGAUUCCAAAGGAGGAUAUCCUCAAAUAUUACACUGAAGAUGUGAUAAAUGACUUUCAACUGUACUGUAUAAGCCUGUCGAAUAGCAAGAUGCUGGAAAGCAUUAUGGGUCAAACCAUUCCGAAGCGUAAGAGAGGAGAUGGUGUUCGCUGCUUAGGUGUCCUUGUUAAAAACGAGCAGGGUCAGUGGGUUACCAUUGAUGAACAUGCGCCUGAUUCCAAGAAGCAUCCCCGAAGAAAUAGACCCAAAGACUAACUUUUGCUUUGAUGACAUUUGAGUUAAAAAUUAGACAUUUUACAUCUGGUGAAAGAAACUGAAGAAAGCAAUGUUGACAGAAAUUAAGCUUUCAAACUUCAUCAAAAGUAAUUAACUCAAGACUUCCAACUGCACUAAUGUCAACUGCCUCAUUACUGAGGAUUACUGCUGCAUUAUGGACAAUAGAUCGAGCACUGACGGUAUUUCUGGUUACGCCUGGUUUUAGCUCUGAAAUUCAUGAGUACUACACGCUGCGCAAGACCCAAAACCAAUAGUGUCUUAGCUGCUUUUCCAAACACUAACUAAUAUUGCCUGUGGGUGUGCUCUAAUUGAAUCUGCAGAGACAGAUUCAGAACCAAGAUUCACCCAUGUCCACAGCAGUGUGACAAGUUCACAUGUAAAAAUGGGUAGUAACUACCUUUUAGUUCCAAAGCUUUUUAUUCUGAGAAAGCAUAGGAAUUAUUUAACAUUUACUUGAAUAACUGCAAAUGUCAUCUAUCUCGCUAAUUCUUUAUCUAAAUAAUCUCACUGCCUAUUUUAUGAUCUUUCCAGCUGUUAACCUGUAAGUCAACCUUGUGUUAAAACUCCAAGCUUGUUUGAGUUGCAUUUACUUCAGAAUUUCUUUUACACCUUUCUGAACUAGAUGCCUCCAAUUUCUGCUGUUAAACUCCUUAAUUCCUAAAACUAAGUGAUAUUCUAAAGCACACAAAUUAUGGACGAGAUAUUCAAAAUGAAGUAUUGCCUUUUUGAGAAGAAAUGUUUUAUUUUGGCAUUCUCUGAUUCAUUUAGUGUGCUAGCAAAAUGACUUGUUUUGGUGAAUCUAACCAGUUGUUUAAUUGCCACUUGUAACCUGAAUCCCAAAUAAAAAAUGGAU